UUUAUCCUUCUCCACGAAGGAAGGUACACGCUCGUUGAUGACUGACGGACUGUGGUUGAAAGGUGGUGGUGGUGGUGGUGAUGGUGGUGGCGAUGGUCGCAUCGAUGACGAUCAUUGAUUACGAAGACGGAUCGACGAGAAGAAUAUUUCUAAAUUGCUUUCUGAAGAAUCCUUCUUCGAUAUUUCUUUUCAAGUAAAUUGUUUUCAAUCAUUUCAUCUACCUCUCCGCAGUCAACAGGAAUUGAAUGGCGAAGCGAAAGACGAUUGAAACUAACGAAAACUUCGAUGUUCAUUCAUAACUAUUUCUAUUCAUCACGCUUUAUUUUGAUCAUCACCAUCAUCAUCCUCCAUCUUCCAAAUCCUGCCGUUUUACGAGGACAGCGGUGGCGCGGAUCUACCGACUGACUCUAAGUUCGAUCGGUUAUAGCUGACGAGCCUAGAAGUACUUUUUACAGGUGUAAUUGGCACGUUAAGGUAAAUAUAGUCUGGCAGUCGGCCGAGUGCAAGACAGGCGUUUCUUUUCCGCGUACAUACUUGGCCCGCACGAGACCUGGCCGCGCAGGAAAGAAGAGAGCGCAAGAACGAACAAAUAUAACCGCGCGUGGAGCGUGGUGCAGGUGCGGUCACCGCGCCGCGGGUACCGCUGCAUUGUGCUCGAGCGGUGGUUGAAUCGCGCUAAACCGAUUGUCAGGUACGCGAGAGUAACGGCCGUGACAAUGUAAGGUAAAUCAAUGCUUACUACUUCCGAGCGUUAAACGCGAUUACCCGUUUCGAAGUUCACCCUCCCUCGGUAAUAGGUCCGUUACGAGCAUGUAAUUGCGAUAUAUGUACGCAAGUUUCACAAGGCUAGGGAAAAAUAACCGCGACAGCGAGUAGGGAGAACGUUUGAUAAACAUAUCGAUCGAGAAAUCUAAUCAGUCGAGGUGACAGCUUCUCGUUCCAUGAUAAAGUGAGACGGGGGCUUUCGAGAACGGUUUCCUCCAUGGAAAAUCGUUGCUUUAACGCGUAAAGCCUGCGACACGUGUCGUUGCAACAGUGUACGUUAAUAGGCCUCGAGUAUAAACGCGAGUGGUCGGCUCGCACGGCUAGCUGCUGCUGUUGCUUCAGCGUGCAAGUAGUUAAGCGCAAUCAGACUCAGACAUUAGCGAGACGCGCAUCGGAGGCCGUCUGAGCUGGCACGUCUCUAACUACUUAAUUCUUUUUAAACACGCGUACGCGCGCUCCUACUUUCCUUCUCUGACUCGAUCCGUGCGCGCCACGGCACGCUAUAAUUAUAAUUAUUCAGAAUGCAAUCAUUGUUUCUUUUUCAAUUUUUUUUUCAAUUUUUGGAAUUUAAUUAAAUUCGCGAUGCCGGUCACGGAUGACCCAGCGACAUUCGUAUUGAUCAAUCAAUUAACUGGCAAGUAAAUACAUUUUAUUAAAUGUAAUUUAAUUUAUUACGAAUAAUUAACACGUUCGUUAAUGUAUAAUAAGAAAACGGCGACCAUGGAGGUCUUUUUUCGUCUCAAUCUUCUUCGAUUGAACGAUGAAUUAAUUAUUACUCGUUUGGAAGGGGAAAUGUAUUAUGUUCAUCCACGAAGGAAACGAUCGAAGUAAUCGAAAGGAAUAGAUAAAUGACGAAGAAGAAAGUAAUCCAGAUCGUUCGUGGAACCAUCAAAUUGGAUAGUAUUUUGACGGCGAGUGCCCGUGGAACGGCAGCGCUUCCUAGAGGCCAAUUGCAUUGUUUUACUGGGCAAACUAAAUAUACGUGCGAGGCGGGCGAUCCGUGGCUGCUUGGCUGGGACACAAAGGGGAUUAAAGAGACGACGAAGGCAUCGGGCAUCACGUGCCGUUACACUUUUCACGUUUUCGGCGUGCUAGGACGAUGUUUCUAUAUCUAUGACUCGAAAAUGCAAUUUCUUGCGGGUGGGGUAAUUACUCGAGUGGGGUGAUAUUUGCUGGACGAGGCUUGAAUUUUCAGGUAAUUUCUUUUCCUUCGUGUUAGAGAAAUAUCUAACCAUAAGACAAAAGUCACUUACAACCAUAGCCAGGGCAUCGACAUUGAAAGUUUCCGUCGAAGAAGUUAGACGAUGACAAGUAGCUGUUCGAUUCCGGUGAUAAGUUUUUCAUGAGCUUGCGGCUGGCGGGGCGGCAAUAGGCCCUUGUUUCCGGGCACGCGAUCAGGAAGCGACCGGAAGCGGAGGUGUAGUAACGAGGAUGGAAAGACACGGCACCCCAGGUCCCGUCGAUUCAUAUUGCAUAAAUGCUAUGCCGCUUCUUCAAUUAUGUAAUCGUUACUUCGGCGCGAUUCGUGCAAAAUACGAGACUUUCAUCGAGCUCGGCCAACACGUUUCCAGCGGUUCGUGGGAAGGAAAGAGGGAACCGGCGAUAAUUAUAAUUAAUCGAAACCGAUACUCGUCGAUAAACAUCGAUCGUUAAGCGUACGGUAAUUUCCUCGUUGCGUAACAACGAAUUACUCGUAUGCGAAAAGGGGAAAAAUUAAAAAAGACGGACGAGCAUUUUCGAACGGCAAAACGGUCAAUAAUCGAAAGGGAUAGAACGGUAAGAAAAUAUCAUUGUCACGACGGUUUUCUCCUCUCUCGUCGAGCAAGAGAAGCUGAUUACCUCGACAGAGAACGUGUUCUCCUGUGAGAAAGAGAGAUUACUCGAGCUCUGAGUAAUGAGAUUGUGACUCGCAUAAUGACUGUAGGAUCGAUAAGUGACGUUGAUGCAUAUGAACGCGCGUGCCAACGGUGAAAGGGUCAGUAGUCAGACGGUGGCGCUAUAAAUACCGGGAGGACUCGAUUCGUUGUGUUUUAGCACGCUUGAUUAACAGUAGCUCGAUAAUGAUCGCGGCUUCGAAAGACAGGCAAAGAAACGAAAGAAAAUCGGUGAACAAAGCAGAGAGAGGUGAAAAAAUAAAUACAGAGACGGAAUGAAGAUAAAAAAAAAAGAAAGGAUAAUUACCAACGGCGUAUGCAACGCGUGUAACGUUCAACGGUGGUGGCCGCAUGCUCGACAGGUUUAUGGUAAUUCGGGCGAACCGAGCAAAAAGUGUGUAACGCGACCGGCUGACGCACGGCCUUGUUUCACCUGAAAUAGAUUUCACCGCGCGGAAGCGUAUUCCGCGCGAGUUUUCACGCCGCUCGGUAAUUUCUCGCUGCUGUUUACCGAUCGAUCGCCGUAUCGGUGUAAUCAAUUCGUUUGUCCCUUGCUUUCUCUAUAGAAAAAUUUGGGUGCGAGUCCAACACCCGAGUUGCUAUUCGGCUCCCGAAAUUACAGGUACUAGUACACACCUGUUCUAUUUUCUUCAACUACAAACCUUGACUGCAGUGACAAAGAAAGGUGUCUUGAAAUCCAACGAACCAUAGAAAACGUUAGACGCAAUCCGUCGUGUAAUUUGCAUACUCUAGUGUUUCUCGAAUCGAUUAAGCAAACGAGAAGCCAGAUGGUCGUGAAAGAAUAUCCAACGACUAGGAAAGUUGCACGAGUAUUCCCUCGCGAUGGCUGGUUCAUUCAAACUUGACGCACGACACGGGUUUCGCGCGCAAGCUCUGUGGCGUCGCGACGCUACCGUUCCGUCCUUCUCUCUUCCUCCCUUUGCGCCGUUAAACACUGACGUCACUACGCCGCCCCCGUCCGUCAUCGACCGACCGACGGCAUAACGACGUCACGCGUACCGCCAAGGACGACGCUAUUUCGGGCGUUAUGCAUCGCCGUCCUCGUCGUCGUCUUCGCCACCUCCUUCGACGUUCUCGUUGUCGUCGUUGGCGACCGAUGCCGUCGAUAUCGUUUCGCUCGCCCUUUCAGUUCCACCACGAGAUUUCCUCUUUUCGCGUCACCGCACGUUCGCGCGGAAUCACGCUGCCCCGCGUUUUCCUUACCCUCCGCUCGAAACGAUGACGCGGUGAACGCGUUUAAAGUGUUGGCUGCCGGAGCCGGUUCCAAGAAGUUUCGAGUGUUUACGAAAGUUUCGGAGCAGUGCGAACGGGCCCGGACAUGAAGUCGGUGUCGAAGUUUUCGCGCCUGUCACGGGACGAGUGCCACGCCGACUCUCUGUUCAUCCAUUUAGCGUCGCAGGGAUAUCCGGUCUGGUUGAAAUGAGGGCAACUCCAUUCGCCGAACGGCGACAGCGACAACAGCAACGGUAGCCAGCGUGCUGUGGCUAUUACACGGAACGACGUAGAUCAGCAACCGCACCGCCAACGGCAGCAACGUCAGGCACCAGCUACCGUUCCAGUUCUCGCCUGUACGAAUCACUCGUCACCAACCACGACCACCACCGCGUUCAACGUAGUAGGCUCAAGCAUGCUUAUUCUCCAGGCACAGAACCCUUACGGUGACGCUCUGCCGGACUUCUACGACGUCCCUUAUCCGGCUACCACGGAUACGGGAAGUUUGCCAGGCGAACUUGAUCCAUUUCCGGAACUACAGCUGGGCAAUCACCAAGGAGUGCCGACGGCCGACGAUUCGGCUCAGGCACAGCAUCAUCCGCAAGCUCCACCGCCACCUCCGUCGGCUCCGUCUCUUCCCGAAGACGUCCAAGCCGAUUCGCAUAGCGCGACACCCUUGCCGAGCUUCCAAGAGACCUACACCCAACGGUACACCAGGCAGGAGCUACAGCUCAAAAUGGACGACAAGGGAGAGUGUUACGACAACUUGGUAUAUUCCUGUCCCGCUGACCAUUAUUCCACCGAGUUCUCGCCCACGUUGUCCUACCACAAUCAUCAACAACCACCUCAGCAACAGCAUCAUCAUCCCCACCAGCAGCAGCCAGCACCGCCUCCUCAACAGCAACAUCAUCCUCAUCAUUACUUCGCCACGGAGACAGCGCCGACACCGACCACCGCCUGUCCUUCCCCGUCGAAUCAUCGACAGGAUUCACCGUACGGUGGGUCCGGAAGCGUGCCCAUCGUGUACGGUCAACCACCGACCAUCACCGGGGGUGCCAUCCCUGUCGCGCCGACGGAUAUUUGUUCGAGCGUCGACACCGUAGUCGUGGGUACUCCUCAACCACGAAGGCCGUCCUUACCCACGCAGAGAUCAGAGUCUGCGAGUAGUGGCAGUACGGAAUCGCCGAAAGCACGUGGGGGCAGCGGCAGUACCGGAAGCUCCGUCAAUUCUCCUUCGCCCGGAAGCGGGGUCAGCAACGAACGGGCACCACCAAGUCCCAGCCAACUGUGCGCCGUAUGUGGGGACACAGCAGCGUGUCAACACUACGGUGUACGUACCUGUGAAGGUUGCAAGGGCUUCUUCAAAAGGACUGUACAGAAGGGUUCGAAGUACGUCUGCCUUGCCGAGAAAGCUUGCCCCGUUGACAAGCGUCGACGGAACCGUUGCCAAUUUUGUCGCUUCCAGAAGUGCCUGAUGGUCGGUAUGGUGAAAGAGGUUGUCAGGACGGAUUCGUUGAAAGGGCGAAGGGGUAGAUUACCCUCGAAGCAAAAAUCACCGCAAGAAUCACCUCCCAGCCCUCCAGUUUCUUUGAUCACAGCUUUGGUACGUGCACAUUUAGACACGACGCCUGAUCAAGUGAACUUGGAUUAUACGCAGUACCGACAACCGAGGCCCGGUGAUCCACCCAUCACGGAAGCGGAAAAGACCCAACAGUUCUACAAUCUUCUCACCGCCUCCAUCGACGUGAUUCGGAAUUUCGCCGAUAAGAUUCCUGGUUUCACGGAUCUGGUGCGAGAGGAUCAGGACUUACUUUUCCAAUUAGCCAGUCUGGAAUUGUUCGUUCUACGACUGGCGUACCGCACAAAACCAGAGGACACGAAGCUGACGUUCUGCAACGGUGUCGUCCUGGCACUGGAACAAUGCGAGCGUAGUUUCGGCGAUUGGCUUCACAGCAUCCUCGAGUUCUGCAAGGCUCUUCACGCCCUCGACGUAGACAUUAGCGCUUUCGCCUGUCUGUGUGCCCUCACGCUCGUUACCGCAAGGUACGGCCUGAAAGAACCUCAUCGCAUGGAGCAGCUGCAGAUGAAAAUAAUCUCCUCCCUACGCGAUCACGUCACCUACAAUGCCGAGGCACAGAGAAAAGCUCAUUACCUGUCCCGUCUGUUAGCUAAGCUACCGGAACUGAGGAGUCUAUCGGUGCAGGGGCUCCAGCGUAUCUUUUACCUGAAACUGGAGGACCUGGUGCCAGCACCGCCGUUGAUCGAGAAGCUGUUCGUCGGUAGUCUACCGUUUUAAAAUGUCACCUUCGAACAGCCAAAGCCUAAGGCUAGUUUCGCGUAGGACAAUUCAUCAUCGUCACCGUUGAGAUUAAGUUUACAUUUUAGUUUUAUACGUAUAUACGUAUACGUAGCUCUUGCUAUCUUCUUGCGUAUAUCCUCUGCAUGGUUUUCACCAGUGAAUCGCGUGAGUUAGACUCAAGAUAAAAUGGACAAAAGACGAGAGAUCCUCUCUCGGAUGCUGACGAGUUUCGAAUGGGUGUGAGUGUGACCGAACGUUGUGCGGAAUAUUAAAUUUAAGACAAAGGUUCCCUGUGCGUGUAUGUAAAUACAUGAUCCGAGAGAAGCGUGGAUGCUCGGGCGCGUGAUUCGACGAUGUGUCCGAAGGCGGACGUGUCUGCCCGACGCGACAACUGUUACUAUUGUUACUACUAUUAUUACUGCUAUUACUAUUUUAACACUGUAACGAUUAUUCUUGCUAUCGAAAGUACAGUGGAUGAAUCACGAUUUCUUGACGGAUCGUCGAUGACGAGGGUGAACAUCGACGAAACGAACGAUACAUUCUAUACAUUUUUGCUAUCGUUUUAGAAGGCGUAGAAGAAAGUUACCUAUUUUUCGCAAACGUGCACAAACGAGAGGUUCAAGGAGUAUCACACACGAACACACGCGUCUAUACGUACACGUACAUACACACACGAGAGAAUUUUUAUCACUUUUCUACCUACUUUGUACAAAUCAUCGCGUCGACGAACAAUACGUUUAUUUCAUCGCUGGUGCUACGCGUAGCCGACGAUCCGCCAAGCAACAAGGUUCUCUGUUUACUGUGGACGAAUGUACUUAUCCGUUGGAGAGAAGGAAGAGACGCAUUGACGGUUUACAACAUAUCAGAGCAACGACGGAAGAGCGGAUGUAAACACCGCAGAUUAACGUUGCUGAUUUAUUCCCUCCCUCUCCCUUCGUGAAUUUCGCUCUUCCGUGUUGACAGUUUAAAAAAUAAAAAAAAAAAGAAGUAGCUCGUGAUUGUGAUCGCACUCGACGUCCACGACGAUGCUAAAUAAUCUCCCUCUUUCCUAAAAAUCCUUCGUUUCCUAUGCUAGAAACUUUUAAUCGGUGCUGUGCUCUUCUCCAUUGUCGAUCUAAGGAAUUUAGCGUCGUCGUAAAACUUCGGGUGUCUUCAGCGUCACACGCGGUCGGGACCGUUCCCGUCCAACAAAUCAACCGCUAUCUUUGCGUUAAUGUGAUUUUAGACAGCUAAGGGAGACAAGAUUGAAGUAGGACCCCGAAGUCAGCCAAAUCGGACAGGCGUGUCAUCGCGAUACCUUUAUUCGGAUAAUACAGAGGCUUUGCGACGGGUCCGGCAUAAAGUUACCUAUUACGUUAUGACAUUUAUUUUUAAUCAAACUAACGUAGAAAGUCCCUAUUUAUACGUAUACCGCGCCGCUAUUACUACUACUACUUAUACUACUAUUACUUGCUACUUACUAUUACUUAUUACUUACUUACCGCUAGCGUUUACGAUUCUAUGGCGUACCGUUCGCCUACCAUUACCAUUACUGUUACCAUCCGCUACCUUCGUACCACCAUUGACACCACCUUGCGUUACCAUUAUUCGCUAAACGUUUAAGGAACACCGUCAACGUUAAGCGCUCUUCGCCGCUCUACAGUAUCUCUGGGACGUCAUCUUGGAAUCCGAUCGACCCAAGGGCAAUCGCGUCCAUAUUGGUCGGGGAACGAAUCGAUGGAAGAUGGUCGUCGAUGUAACCAAUCGUUCGAUCUCCGCCAGGGUCAUCCUUUCGGUAGGAAAUAUCUGUCCUCUGUUCUGUAUGUUACUUGUCGACGUAAAAAAAAAAAAGUACACAGCCCAGUAAACCGAUCCAACCGAUACAACUUUUAAUAUAUUCAAUAGUAUCACAGAGCAUUGUCUUUUAGUGCACUUAAUCGAUCAACAGGCAUUUCGCGCGGGAAAAUUACCUUACCUACACCGCGUGGAAUGCUGAGACAGAAACACGUUAAAAUACAUGUAUAUGUGCACAAUAGGUAUAAAAAAUUAAUUACGUGUGUAUACGUUACUCUCUAAUCCGCCGUGUGUAUCCGCAAAUGUUUAACAUUUUGCAAAGAAAUUUUCCUUCCAUUUCGAUCUCUAUGCAAUCACGGUUCCUUUGGAAAAUCGAACUUCUUUAAAUUUCUUUUUUAAUUUUGUAUCGUUUUAAAUUUCGAUUUAUCGAUCGAAGAUUAGUUUAUUAAAAUAGCGAACGAUUGUUGUAAACGAGCUUUGCGGAUGGAUACGAAACAGAAUAAAAUGCCCGGCAAGAAGCAAGGUACAAAUGUACGCGAAAAGAAGAUGUAUAUUGAAAAGUAUCUUCCUUUCGAUAGAGAAAAUAGAACAUCGCGAAGGAAGCGAUUGAUUAAAAAUUUGUAAUGUACUCGAUGAUCAAUCAGAAAAUAAUGAAUCCGUAAUUAACGAUAAUGGUUUCUCGAGCUCGUAUAAAUAUUUUAUCGAGAUUCAGGGGUUCGGUCGCUUUCUCCGCGUGUCAGGAGCGGAUCGAGUCCAGAAGAGAUUUAGAGGCUGAAGGAAUUCGUCAAAUUAAACGGUGCUAUUAGGCUAAUUGCGAUGAACGAGCGCUCAAUGAAUUCGAGAGUUCUUAAGUUUUUACCUCGCCGAGGGACAGAGGGGAAUGGAUUAUUUUUGUUCCUAUUAAUUAAGAAAAUUAAAGGAAGUCUCGCGAUCGUUUCUAAUCCCUUAGUGAAAGUGAAAACAAUUCGGCUCGUGAUCGACGUGUACACUUCUGUUUCGAUAUUUAUCGGAUCUUUCCUGGACUCAACGCUGUAUUACUUUUUAUUAUGUCAAAUUCAACAGGGAAACAAUGAAGAGAGGAGGUCAGAACGAGAUGGGUAAGAAAACUUGGAAAGUAUAUCUCGGAUCGUUCGAACGUAGAAAUAUCUCGAUGGAGAACGAGAUCGUUCGAGUAUUGUUGUUACCAAUUAAUUGUCGUAAAUCGCUGUAAAACGAACGGCCAAUUCCGUUAGGUGUACUAUCCUCUUUCCCUCGAUGUAAUAAUAAAUAUUCAAUCAACGGCUGAUUUCAUUAUCUUUUUUUUAUCGUUUUUCAUAACCUGGCGUGUUCGAUGUUCCACCGGAACCGUGGUGUCGCUCGAUAAUCGAAACUCGUUCCCUUUCCGUCCAACGAUCGAGCGAAAUUUGUUGAUUUUUCUUCACGAUCGACAUUUUAUAAAAAAAAAA